AUGCGUCAUUCCGAUUACCGUGGAUUAGAGAAAAAUGCGCAAACGUUCGACGAUGAAUAUGAAGGCUACUCGGCAAGAUCGGUUGAUGAUCAUUACAAUUAUCCGUUUUCCCCCAACAGUAGCGGAGAAUUUAUGACUGAUAGUUCGGAAAGACAACAACAACAUUCAUUAUCAGCAUUCGUUCAAGUUCAACCAAAGCCCAAGAAUAAGAAAGACAAGAAAAACAAAGAUACAUCCAUUGUGAAUAAACUUGUAGAAGAACCAUCUAAUAUUGAAGAGAAAACACCGCAAAACCGAGGACGUCUUACAUCACGUGAUUAUUAUGAUACACAAUUCGACAUGGAACCUGAAGAUGACCUGAAAAAGGCAUCGAAUGCGAUCACUCCAAGUCGUCCGACGCCAUUAGAAACUCUUCCAGCUCGUAUAGCCACAUUGAAGAUUAGUGAGCGAACUGAUCGAAGUGUGUCACCUCAAAAACAGUCAAAAUCAACUCUUGAAUCCCCUUGUGUUACACCACGGCAAGGUGUAUCGCCUGUUGCUGUAUCACGUCGAAAUGAAACUGCCUCGUCAUCAGUUACUUCCACGCUGAAACGCCGUCCAAUGGCAAUUGAUCGCACAAAUACAUUACGCGAUUACAAUGAACGUCUUGAAGGUCGUGAUCUAUUGAAUUUAGUUGUUGUUGGUCAUGUCGAUGCUGGAAAGUCUACUCUGAUGGGCCAUCUACUCGUAAAAUUAAAAGUUGUCGAUGAUCGAACAAUGCAUAAGAAUAAAGUCGAAGCUGCACGAUUGGGAAAAGAGAGCUUUUCCUUUGCUUUCGUUUUGGACGAAUCCGAGGAAGAAAGAGAGCGUGGUGUCACAAUGGACAUUGCUCAAGCACAAUUCAAAACUCCAACGAAAAUUGUUAAUCUUGUCGAUGCACCCGGUCACAAAGAUUUUAUUCCACAUAUGAUUAAUGGAGCUGCUCAAGCUGACGUUGCAAUCCUAGUUGUUGAUGGUCGACGUGGGGAGUUCGAAACUGGUUUUGAAUUUGGUGGUCAAACGCGUGAACAUGCACUUCUCGUACGAUCUCUCGGUGUUUCUCAAUUAAUUUGUGCUGUGAAUAAAAUGGAUGCCAUCGACUGGUCACAAGAACGCUUUGAUGAAAUUGUUAAAAAACUCUCUGCAUUUCUUAAAUCAUCUGGCUACAAAGAAUCCGACGUUACUUUCGUGCCGGUUAGUGGUUGGACAGGAGAAAACCUAAUUUCAUCAACUAAUACACCCUUGCCAUGGUACACUAAAGAUCCCAAUGCCUCGAGUACAGUAACCAAUGGUAUCAUACGAGGUGCAACAUUAAUGGAUUUAAUCGAUCGUUUGAAACCCCCUGAACGACCCAUAUCAAAACCAUUUCGUCUCUGUAUCACAGAUGUGUUUCGUGCAACCGGUAUUGGUGCUAGCACUGUCUCCAUAGCUGGUCGAGUCGAGUGCGGUGGCAUUGAAAUUAAUGAACGUGUUCUCUUACGACCAUCAAAUGAUCAAGUAACCAUAAAAUCGAUUCUUAUCGAAAAUUCAAAUGUCCCAUCAGCAUUCGCCGGUGAUAAUGUUAUACUCAAUAUUCAAGGUGUGGACUCUACUCAUUUAUUCGUUGGUAAUGUUGUUUGUGACCCUGAAUAUCCCAUUCCGUGUACAACAACAAUAGAAGCACGAAUUAUUAUAUUCAACAUCUCAACACCGCUCUUGCCAGGCACACCAGUUGUAUUUCACUUUAAGUCCACGCAAGAACAAUGUAAAAUCAGUCGAUUAAUCGAAGAAUUAGACCGUUCGACCGGCGAACUCAAACGACGGAAUCCGCGUAUGUUGGCGAAGAACACAAGUGGCGUCGUGGAACUCGUCCUCCAUCGACCUAUUUGCUAUGUUAAUUCCAUUUAUUUUAUUAUCGAUCGGUUUGACGUUUUUAGCGCUGAUUUUAACAAUCUUUUGCCAUCAUUUGAACAUCUAACUAUUGUUUAUAAGUUUCAAAAAGGUGACUAUUCGGUAUCAGCGGAAACAUUCAAAGAUAUCAUGAAUUAUUCGCCAGCACAUUCGACUAUUGGAAUUUAUUACGAUAACAUCGAUGAUACACCGGUUGAAGAACGACGUUCGAUGGUUGGUGUCAUUGUCGAUGAAACAAAAGAUGAAGAAAUGAUCGAACGAAUGAAAGCAGAUGAUUAUAAAGCUUUUAAACUUCCGAAAGCGGUGCAAUCAGUGUACACAACAUUUCCAUUUACUAGCGUGUUUUCUGUUUCAAUUGCCAACAUGCGAGUACCUUCACGAUUAAAAGAUUUCAUCCAGACGAAUAAACUCAAUGCUCGUCCAUAUAUCGAAGUGUACGAACCAACAUUGAUUCAUUAUAUUGCGCCGUUAAGUAACUACGAAGACUAUAAUGUUCCAGAAAUGAAUUCUCUACCCGAACAAUAA